AGACAGGUCGUGACCUAAUUUGCACACGGAGAAAAAGAAGAAAAUCGCAGUACAGUCACGUUUAUUAUGUCUUGCAACUUUGACGAAAUCGUUGACUUCAAUAUACAGUUACUACAAGACUAUCUAAAUUUUUGAAGAAAAGACGUAAUUUGAAAGAUGCAAUCUUUCGACGUAGCAGAGAUAUCUACAUACAUACGAGUAUUCCCGAAAGAGAGAGAGUAUGUUAUAACGUUGCUUUGAAAAAAGAAGUGUUUCAAUGUAAAUAAUAAAUCACAUUUAACAAAAUAUACUUUUCUUACUGAUAAGUUUAAUAGAUAUGGAAUCGUUUUUACAACUUUUUAAUCCACAAAAUGAUAAGGAUAUAAGGAAAAGGCAGUGGAAUGAUUUUGAAAAUGAUGGAAAUGGAUUGUCGGAUUGCGAGACUUCUAGUACUGAUGAAGAUCAAGAGGACUGUCUGCCACCGGAGCCUGAACAAGGAAACAUAGAAUACAAAUUAAAAUUAAUAAAUCCAUCUAGUCAACGUUUUGAACAUCUUGUUACCCAGAUGAAAUGGAGGCUAAGAGAGGGACAUGGAGAGGCAAUUUAUCAAAUUGGAGUGGAGGACAAUGGAAAAUUGGCGGGUUUAACGAAAGAGGAAAUGAAAGCGUCCCUAAAGACUCUGAAAGACAUGGCUUCCAGACUGGGUGCUAAUAUAAGGAUAUUACGCGAGCGUGCAGUCACGAGUUCCACAAAUAAAACCUUGACAAUUCAAAAUAGAAAUAAUAAUAUUAAUAAGGAGGAAAAGAAGGUUGCUGAAGUAUUAGUAAAAAAAUUACGGAAGGACGAUAGAGAGGACCAGGAUAGUAUUGUAGAUCUGAGACUGGCUGUUAUUGGUGCGCAAGAUGCUGGAAAGUCAACUCUCUUAGGAGUACUGACGCAGGGUGAGUUGGAUAAUGGUAGAGGUAGAGCGAGGCUCAAUAUGUUGCGUCAUCUGCACGAGAUAAAAACGGGUCGUACAUCCUCGAUAUCGCACGAGAUCAUCGGAUUCGAUAGUACAGGUCACAUCUUGAACUAUGCUGAAAUGGCUACAGCUGAAGAGAUAUGCGAACAUGCCUCGAAAGUCGUUACAUUCAUCGAUUUAGCUGGACAUCGAAAAUAUUUGAGGACGACGGUACUCGGACUUACAGGAUAUUCGCCGCAUCAUGUUAUGCUAGUCGUAGCGCCGCCUCUAAACGAAGCGUCGCAGGAACACAUGGCUCUCUGUUUAGCAUUAAAACUUCCAUUUUUCAUUGUUGUGAAUAAAAUCGAUUUAGGAUUCUGCGAUAUGUCUGAGACUUUAGUUCAACUUGAGGAUGCUAUGAUGACGCUGGGAUAUCCUAAGCAAUUAUUAUUGUUUAGCAAUAAUGACAUACCGUCAUGGGACUGUACGUCUGAUGUAACACCUGUACUUAGUGUCAGUUGUGUUACUGGUGAAGGUCUUGAGGAAUUAACCGCGUUUAUAAAAAAUUUGGCACCUUACGAGAUGAAUUCAAUCGAUUCCGAUCCGGAAUCGUGUCUAUUUCAAAUUGACGAAACGUUUAGGGUAGCAGGUUUGACACAACCAGUUUUAGGAGGAUUACUUGUUAAAGGGGCGAUUGCACCGGGAACUCGUUUAUUAGUGGGACCUUUGCCGGAUGGAGAAUUUAGUCCAGUGAGAGUAGUUAGUUUACAUCGCAAUAAAGCUCCGUGCUGUUUAGUUAGAGCGUCGCAAAGCGCCAGUUUAACAUUAGCACCACCGACGAAUCGUAGCCCUCCCCUACCGCAUCUUCGCCCGGGAAUGGUUUUAGUUUCUCCGCGUGAUCGACCGCAUGCGACACUGUUUUUUCAGGCAACUGUAUUAAUAUUAUAUCAUGCCACCGCGAUAUUCUCCGGUUUUCAAACGACAGUACACGUGGGUAACGUGAGGCAGACUUGUGUCAUUGAAGGGAUAAUGGAUGUGAAAGAUAGGGGACUGCAGACAAACGACACCGCUUCUGUAUUAUUUAGAUUCGUUAGUCAUCCAGAAUAUCUUCAUGUCGGAAUGCAACUCUUGUUCCGAGAGGGACGUACUAAAGGAAUUGGCACAAUUACGCAGAUCUUUCCUCUGAUUGGAUCACAGAAUUCAAUCAAGUGAAAGAAAUUACAUGGCGCGAUGUAAAAUAAUAUCAGAUAUACAAUUCUAGUAUUUAUAUAUAUAUAUAUACAUAACUUAUAAAAGAAAAAAAGGAAAAAGCGCAUAAAUAUUUUAUAAAAAUAGAAUCAAUUGACGUUAUUGAUAUUAGAUAAUACUGAUAUUAGAUAACUAAUUGGUAUUAGUUGUGUUUUUUUAUCAUAUGCCCCUCAAAACAGUUAGAGAAUCACUUUGUUAGAGUAUCGAUAUUAAUAUCUAUUUAUAGUAGGUACAAAGUUUCAAAAUUUGUUUUUAGUAUAAAAUGUUUUAAUUUUCAAUAAAUACGUUUAUGUAAGUUCAGUUUCACCAAGUUUCUAUUGCUUGUGUUAUUUAGUUCAAUCUGCAGAAUUAUCUAAAAAAUGUGACUCUGUUACUGUUUUGAGUAGCAUUUUAAUGUGUCACAUAGAAAGAAUUUAGUUUUGUUUGUUACAAGUAGUCAGAGAUUUUAUUAGAAUAUA